AUUUUCUUACGGAAUGAUCUGAAAACUUGAUCCAAAAAGACGAACGGAAAAAGAAACCCCUUUCUUUCCAUUUUUCCUCGCCGGAGUCAGAUUGUCUGAUUCAGAGAAGGACAGAGAAGAGAGUAAUGGGGCAGGAAGAGGAAGACGAGACUCCGGCGGAACCUCCUUCGGCGGCGACCAAGAAGGACCGGGAGGAAGAAGCUUGGAAUCUGCGUAAAGACAGACUAAUCCUCGAGCUCGCCGACAAACUCAUCACCGGAGGAGAUCUCUGUACCAAGAUACAAGCCGCACGAGACAUCCGUAGGCUCGUCAGAAAGUCGUCUUCCGCCAAAACCCGCUCCAAAUUCGCCUCCGCCGGAGUCAUCCAGCCGCUGAUUCUCAUGCUCCUCUCGCCUAAUCUUGACGCUCGUGAGGCCUCUCUCCUUGCACUCCUCAACCUCGCCGUCAGGAAUGAGAGAAACAAGGUAAGCAUAGUGACAGCUGGUGCCAUCCCCCCUCUUGUAGAAAUCCUCAAGUUUCAGACAAGUAGCUUAAGAGAACUAGCAACGGCAGCAAUCUUAACACUCUCAGCUGCUGAACCUAACAAGUCAAUCAUCGCAGCUUCAGGAGCUCCACAGUUCCUAGUCCAGAUCCUGACCUUGGGCUCUGUGCAAGGCAAAGUUGACGCUGUUACAGCCCUUCACAAUCUCUCCACUUGCACGGUAGAGAACUCUUCACACGUGAUACUCGACCCCAAAGCAGUAACCCCCCUCAUAAGCCUCCUCAAAGAAUGUAAGAAGUGCUCUAAAUUUGCAGAGAAAGCCACAGCACUCCUGGAAAUACUUGCCAAAUCAGAAGAAGGCCGAGCUGCUAUAACAGAUUCAGCGGGUGGGAUUCUAACCAUAGUAGAGACAGUUGAAGAUGGAUCACUUGUGAGCACGGAACAUGCUGUUGGUGCUUUGCUCUCCUUGUGCCAGAGUAACCGAGAUAAGUACAGGGGACUCAUUCUCAGCGAAGGUGCAAUCCCGGGACUUCUACGCCUUACAGCUGAAGGCACCGCUAAAUCUCAAGAGAGAGCUCGGACGCUUCUCGACUUGCUCAGAGAUACUCCAGAGGAAAAGAGGUUAGCAUCGUCCGUUAUAGAGAAGAUGGUUUAUGACAUUGCUUCUCAAGUCGAUGGUUCGGACAAAGCUGCUGCUGAAACAGCCAAGAAAUUACUGCAGGACAUGGUUCAGAGAAGCAGGAACCAUGUCCAGCGUAAGGCUGCAUCGUGUACAUGUUCGAAAGUCAAGUCUCCAUGAUGCAUAUUUGCCCUUUUCUGAUUCGUAACCCCGGGCGACCAGAGUUUUAUUCUGAAUCUAUUGUUUUGUUUGGUCUCAGUUUAGAACUCGUGUGCCCUUUAGGUCUUAUCAUUGACAGGAAAGAACUCGAGAGAGUACUGAACUAGCAAAGAGUGUCUAGUGACAGCAAGCUUUCCCCCCUUUUUUUUGGCUUUGGUGUUAGGUAUGUGACAUCAAUAGUGUGUUGUGCUUGUACAUUGUAACCUAGAUUGUUGUAUAGAAGAAAUGUCUUGAAUUAGACAUUUAAAAAAAAAUCAGGUGAGUUGUCUUUCCAAACCCCUACUUUACCUCUUUACUUCUCUAUAAAGAUGACUA